UAGGGCUCUAUUCAAUCUUCAAUCUGUAUCGCGGAAGCAUUAGAGAUUGCGUGAUAGAAAUGUAAAGGUCAUUUCUGAUUAUGCUGACAUACAGUAUGCAAGGUUUACUGUGAACACAGUCCCCCGCCAACGCAGGAACAUUGCCUUUACAUUUAAAUUGGGCUUUAGUGCUGAACUUCCGCGACACGGAUUCGACAGAGUAACUGCUCUUAUUCACCUCAAAUCUGAAGGGGCACAUCAGGUUCAUUGGCUAAGUCUUUUCCUCCAGGUCUGGUUGAGCCUAUCUGCCUGCCGAACUAUGGGGAGAGAUUUGAGGAGGGGAAGAUGUGCUGGAUCUCUGGGUGGGGUGCCACAGUGGAUGGAGGUGAUGGGCUCAAAUUCAACACCUGACUAGAUGCGCAAGCAUGCACCACAUGCCCGCACAUACUGUGAUACACCUUUCCUGCCCUUCCUCUCUGUGUGUGUGUGUCUUUCCAGGGGAGACCAGUGUGUCCAUGCACUCUGCCCAGGUCCCUGUGCUCUCCAGCAGGGACUGCAGUGGACCGGGAGUGUACCAAGGUGCCAUCUCCCCUUGGAUGGUCUGUGCAGGCUACCUAGAGGGGGGCAAAGACUCUUGCCAGGGGGAUAGCGGAGGCCCUCUGGCCUGUGAGGAGUCAUCAGUGUGGAAGCUGGUGGGGGCCACUAGCUGGGGCUAUGGCUGUGCUAGGAGGAACAAUCCUGCCAUGUACACUCUCAUCUCACACGCUCUGACCUGGAUCCACCAGCAGAUGGAGAAAGAAGAGGCACUGAGUCCUUGA